AUGGAAGCCUUUCCUCCAUCGUGGUAUGAGGACCCGAGACCAGGCACCAGAGCUUUGUCCAGCCUCGCGAAGAAGAGUGACUGGAGGUCCAGCUUGGAGCUGCUGGUGUCGAUGAAGCGUGCCAAGCUUCAACCGGACCUCUUCCAUCACAACACCGUCCUGUCCUCCUUGGAAGCGAACUGGCGCAUGGCGAUCAAUGUCUUGGGACUGAUGAAAAGGAGCAAGAUUGCUUUGGACGUGUUCAGCUAUAGCACCGCCAUCAGCUGCUGUUCCAGUGUUUGGCCUAUAGCCAUGGGCCUGCUACGUGAGAUGCAAUGGAGAGCCCUGGAAGCCAACACCGUGUCCUAUAGCGCGGCCAUCAGCGCGUGUGAAAAGUGGGGCUGUUGGAAGCCAGCAUUGGAACUCAUGCACGAGAUGAAGCUGGCCAAGGUGCGCUGCAAUGACUUCACGUACAACGCGGCCAUCUCCGCCGCCGGGCGCGCGGCCCAGUGGCAAAUCAGCCUGGCCUUGCUAGAAGAGAUGACCAGCGCUGCGGUGCAGGCUAGCCUGUUCUCUUACAGCGCUUGCACCUCUGCUUGCCAACGGUCGGAGCACUGGGAAGCGGCCUUAGCGCUGUUUGGGGGCAUGGAGAACCUCCGGGCCAACCACGUGGUCUACAACGGCGUGCUGAGCGCUUGCGCCGUGACAGGGAGCUGGACAUUGGCCUUGCACUUUCUAGAGGAGAUGCACCGCAGCAGCACGUCUCGAAGCUCCGUGAGCUAUGCCAUCACCAUUUGCACCUGUGCAGAUGGCCAGGCCUGGCAACAGGUCUUGGACUUGCUCCGUUGGAUGCGCCUCGACCACUUCAGAGCCAAUGGUGUGGAAGCCGGAUCAGCCAUCGCUGCCAUCAACGAGGCAGUCGGCCGACCGGCAGCGGAGGCCCUUCUGAUCUCCUUGAAGGAGGACUAUUUCAGCUCGACUUCCAGCGGCCGCUUUGGAGCAGUGGCCACCUUGGGUCGGAUUGAAGCCUUUGAUUCACCCCAUGAGGUGGAGCUCCUUUGGCGCAGUGGUCCGCUGCUCGCGCUGCUAAAGCCCGCAGGGCUCAGCACUGAGGCGACCCUGGCGGCAACCUCGACGCAGCUCCGCGGAGCCGUCGUGACGCAGGUCUCGCGCCUGGAUGUCCCAACCUCGGGAGCCUUGCUGGCGGCCCUGGGGGAGCAGGACAGCUGCGGGGCAUGGUGGCUCUUGGCGCAAUUCGCAGGGCGCUUGGUCUCGAAGGUCUACUGUUGCCUUUGCCACGGCGAGCCGCCCGGCGAGCCGCCCUGGCAUGGUGAGGUGAAUCGGCCCUUGAAGGUGACGUCAGUUCUGGGCGUGAGUCAGGCGACGAUUGUGAAGGAGGAGGAUCCGCAGGGCAAAGCCUCGUGCACCAAAUAUGAAGUGCUGGCCACCUUCCAAAGCAGCAACGGAGGAGUGUUUUCGCUGACGCAGGCGCAGCCAGUCACUGGAAGGACGCAUCAGAUCAGAGUACAUAUGGCCAGUGUUGGGUUGCCCUUGGUGGGGGACCGGAGAUAUGGCAAGGCCUUUGAGACUGGUCGGCCUGUUCUGCCUGAGUGGUGUCCGAGCCUGUUCUUGCAUUGCUGGCAAUUGCGGUUCCUCAGCCUCGACGCUGAGCCACAUUUGCUGUGCGCCCCUUUGCCGCCAGCGCUCCGCGACGCCUUGCAGCACCUGACGCUGCGGAGUGGCCAUGUGCCAGCGGAGCUGUGUGGCGUGCUUUGCACCGGUGGAUGA